AUGGCGAGGCCGCACGCCGUGGUGGUGCCCUACCCGGGCUCCGGCAACAUCAACCCGGCGCUGCAGCUCGCCAAGCUGCUGCACGGCCACGGCGUGUACGUCACCUUCGUCAGCACCGAGCACAACCACCGCCGCGCGGCGGCGGCGCAGGGCGCCGCCGCCGUGCGCGGCCGCGACGGGUUCCGCUUCGAGACCAUCCCGGACGGCCUGCAGGAGGCCGACCGCGACGCCGCCGACGACUACGACCUCGGCCUGUCCGUGGCCACCAGCCGCCGGUGCGCGGCGCCGCUCAGGGAGCUCGUGGUGCGGCUCAACAACGCCGCGGACGGCGCAAGCGGGCCGCCGCCGGUGACGUGCAUGGUGUUCACGGCGCUGAUGAGCUUCGCGCUGGAGGUGGCGCGGGAGAUGGGGCUGCCGACCAUGGUGCUCUGGGGCUGCAGCGCGCCGUCGCUGAUGACGCACAUGAGGAUCCGGGAGCUCCGGGAGAGAGGCUACGUCCCACUCAAAGACGAGAGCAUGCUCACCAAUGGCCACCUCGCCGAGACGAUCAUCGACUGGAUCCCCGGCAUGCCGCCGAUCAGCCUCGGCGACAUCUCCAGCUUCGUCCGCACCACCGACCCCGACGACUUCGGCCUCCGAUUCAACGAGACGGAGGCCCACAACUGCGCCAAGGCCGGCGCCCUCGUCCUCAACACCUUCGACGACCUCGACGCUGAUGUCCUCGACGCCCUCCGCGCCGAGUUCCCGCGCAUCUUCACCGUUGGCCCUUUGGGCACCCUGCUCGACGCCGGCGCCGGCGACGGCGACGGCGGCGCCGGGGCACUGAGCCUGUGGAAGCGCGACACCGAGUGCCUCGCGUGGCUGGGCGCGCGGGAGCCUGGCUCCGUCGUGUACGUCAACUUCGGUAGCCUCACGGUGCUGACGCCGGAGCAGCUCGUCGAGUUCGCGUGGGGCCUCGCGGCGACCGGCCGCCCGUUCCUCUGGGUCAUCCGGGAGAACCUCGUCCGUGGCGGUGGUGGCGGUGCGGCGCCGGCGGCGGCCAUGAUGCUGCCGGAGGAGUUCUUCGCGGCCACGGAGGGGCGGCGGUGCCUGGCGUCGUGGUGCCCGCAGGAGCAGGUGCUGCGCCACCGCGCCGUGGGCUGCUUCGUGACGCACAGCGGGUGGAACUCGACGUGCGAGAGCGUCGCCGCCGGCGUGCCGAUGGUGUGCUGGCCGGUGUUCGCGGACCAGUACACCAACUGCAAGUACGCCUGCGAGGUGUGGGGCGUCGGCGCGCGGCUCGACGAGGAGGUGAGGCGGGAGCAGGUCGCCGGCCACGUCGAGCGGGUCAUGGAGUCGGAGGGGAUGCGGCGUGCCGCGGCGAGGUGGAAGGCGAAGGCGGAGGAAGCAGCGCGCCAUGGCGGGUCGUCGCACGACAACCUGCAGAGAAUGGUGAAAGCGAUCAAGUCUUUCGUCUCUGAAGCUUAA